CAUAUUUAGGAGGAUGUCUUUUGUGCCCCCAAACUUAUCCUUCUCUGCAUCUGCUGUAAAGUUUAAACUGUCUGCAAGACCUCCCCAGCCAGGCUCCUCUGACUUCCCUGUGGUCCUGUGUCCGUAGCAGAUACCUUUGUCCUUCUGUUGUGGCAUCUCAUACCUUAAUUCUGUCUCCCCUCAGUUUUCAUUCCAAUGCAGGCUUGUAAAUCCUCCCUAUGGUUCAUCUGCCUCCUUUUUUCCUCCCAUCAGGGCCUCAGUUUCCUGGAAGUGAAGGACCACCUUCUGCUCCUCUACCUUCAAGAUCUCUCGCAGCUGAUGCUGGAGAAGACCUUGGGACAUUCUGUGGCCAACCAUCCUGCCUUGCUGCGCUUGGUAGAAACUCGAACGGUGUUGGAGAAGAUGCGCCCGAUUGAGCAAAAAUUGAAGUACCAGAUGGACAAACUGGUGAAGGCCGCUGUUGUCGGGGGGCUGGGUGAGAACGAUCCGCUGAGGUUCAAGCCGAAUCCGAAUAAUCUGAUGAGCAAGCUCAGUGACUCGGAAGAUGGAGAAGAUGACGAAGAUGACGGGGAUGUGAAGAAUUCUGGGAAAGAGACAUCAAAAGGAGGCAUCCGGAAAUACGUCCCUCCUCGCCUGGUCCCUGUGCAUUACAAUGAAACCGAGAUGGAGAGGGAGAAGAAGAUGCUGGAGCAAGCGAAGAGGCGAGCGCUGAGCAGCUCCAUCAUCCGGGAACUGAAGGAGCAGUACUCAGACGCCCCGGAGGAGAUCCGGGAGGGGCGCCACGCCCAUGCGGCCCGGCAGAAUCGGGAGGAUGAGCACCGGACCAACUACGAGGAGAGCAUGAUGGUCCGCCUCAACGUGAGCCGCAAAGAGAAAGCCCGCCGCAGACAAGGAGGGGUCCUCGGCUCCCAGCUCAGCUCCCUCACCCACUUUGGGGACAUCAGCGCCCUCACUGGGGCCACCCCGUCCCUGGGAGAAGAUUCAAAUCUUCCAAAGAAGAAAAGGAAAAAGAUGAGCACAAAACGGGGCAAGAGAAAAGGUUUUCGCAAGAGACGAUAAACCUCCUCUUACUGGUCAGGAUCGAGCUCUGGUGAACCCCAAUAGCUCGGAUGUGCACCCCCAUUUAGUGCUUAAUAAUAAAAUUUAAGAGCCAUCUUUUC